UUACAGAUAUAACUCAGUAAACCCAUAAUCGAUAAAACAGAAUCAUCAAAAACUGGAAGAGUAAUACUAGCAUAUUAAGAUGGGAGACGUUGAUCCAGAAACUCUCUUAGAAUGGCUUUCCAUGGGCCAGGGCGAUGAGCGUGACAUGCAACUGAUCGCCCUCGAGCAACUUUGCAUGCUUCUCCUCAUGUCCGAUAACGUCGAUCGUUGUUUCGAAAGUUGUCCACCACGCACAUUUUUACCAGCGCUUUGUAAAAUCUUUCUGGAUGAUCUAGCACCAGAAAACGUACUUGAAGUCACAGCACGUGCUAUAACUUACUAUCUGGAUGUAUCGGCUGAAUGUACACGCCGCAUUGUGGCUAUCGAUGGUGCCAUUAAAGCAAUCUGCAAUCGUUUAGUUGUCGCCGAUUUGUCAUCUCGUACUUCACGCGAUUUAGCCGAGCAGUGCAUUAAGGUGUUGGAGUUAAUUUGUACCCGUGAGGCAGGUGCUGUAUUCGAUGGUGGCGGCCUUAACUGUGUGCUCUCUUUCAUCCGUGAUUGUGGCUCACAAGUACAUAAGGAUACCUUGCACUCCGCUAUGGCGGUUGUGUCACGCCUCUGCACCAAAGUCGAACCGAAUGCACCGUGCAUUCAGAAUUGUGUAGAGAGUCUCAGCACGCUACUGCAACACGAGGAUCCGAUGGUAGCAGAUGGUGCAUUGAAAUGUUUCGCCUCAGUGGCUGAUCGUUACACACGCAAGUGGGUCGAUCCUGCACCAUUGGCCGAGUAUGGACUUGCCGAAGAAUUGUUAAAACGUUUGGGAAAUGCUGCAGGGCCUGUUAGCAAUACAUCAACUUCGACAGCUGUCAGCCCGGGAGGAACUUCUGGUGCUUCCACAUCGGCUCCUGGUAGUGGCAGCGGUACUAAUAAUGAUAAUUUAAAUGCCGUUUCCACAACGAUUACCACACCAAGCAAACCAGCCCAAACUAGCGAUCCAUCACGCUCUUCACAGUCAAUUUCCACAACUAUAUCUUUACUGUCGACUCUAUGCCGCGGAUCGCCAGCAAUCACUCACGAUAUAUUGCGAUCUCAAUUGCCCGAUGCAAUUGAACGUGCUUUGAAAGGUGAUGAGCGCUGCGUUCUAGAUUGCAUGCGUCUGGCCGAUUUACUAUUGCUGUUGUUGUUUGAGGGGCGACAGGCAUUGAAUCGUGUCGGUGCAGCUGGUGGUGCACAAGGUCAACUAGCAUCGCGUGUGCGUCGCAAUGAUUCAAGCGCUGAGCGUACACACCGCCAAUUAAUUGAUUGCAUUCGGUCGAAGGACACGGAAGCCUUACAAGAGGCUAUCGAAUCAGGUGGCAUAGAUGUCAAUUGCAUGGAUGAUGUUGGUCAGACUUUACUAAACUGGGCAUCUGCUUUUGGCACACUCGAAAUGGUUGAAUAUUUGUGCGAAAAGGGUGCUGACGUGAAUAAGGGACAGCGCAGUUCAUCGCUGCAUUAUGCUGCAUGCUUUGGUCGCCCCAGCAUAGCUAAAGUACUACUCAAGUAUGGCGCAUAUCCAGAUUUGCGCGACGAAGAUGGCAAAACCCCACUGGAUAAGGCACGUGAGCGUGCUGAUGAUGGUCAUCGUGAGGUGGCAGCCAUACUGCAGUCACCUGGUGAAUGGAUGGCUGCUGGCAAUUUGGCCGCAAACAAAGAUGGAGCCGAUGAUAAUGGCACACUGGAACCGCGUGGCGAUCCGGAAAUGGCACCAAUUUAUUUGAAAUUAUUUUUGCCUGUAUUCUGCCGUACCUUCCAGGGUACAAUGCUAGGCAGCGUACGUCGAGCCAGCCUUGGACUUAUCAAGAAAAUGGUGCAGUAUGCACAAUCGGGAGUGUUGAAAGGACUAUGUGAACCACAAAUGCAAUUGGAGCCAGUAGCAGUGACCGGCGUAAAUGCACAAAAUUUGGGAACGUUAUUAGUGGAGGUGGUGGCUAGUGUGCUGGACAAUGAGGAUGACGAUGAUGGACAUCUAGUUGUGCUUAAUAUCAUUGAAGAGUUGAUGAGUAAAACACAGGAUGAGUUCUUGGAUCAUUUUGCUCGUCUUGGCGUAUUUUCGAAAGUGCAGGCUCUUAUGGAGCCCGAAAAUGAAUCAACUGAUACAACAACCGCAAGCAGCGCAGUGGUGCACUUAACAGCUGGUGCAAUCACCGCUAGCAGUGCGGAUGAUCAGCAACUUCAGAGUAGCAGCAGUGGUAUAACCAGUUCAACACAACAAUUGCAACAACAAACCACAACUUCAACUACAACUACAGAAGAUGCUAUGGAGGAUGCUAAGGAAAUACUACAAGGCAAGGCAUACCAUUGGCACGAGUGGAGCAUCUGUCGUGGGCGCGAUUGUUUGUAUGUGUGGUCAGACUCGGCAGCAUUGGAGCUCUCGAAUGGUUCAAAUGGCUGGUUUCGCUUUAUACUCGACGGCAAGUUGGCUACAAUGUAUUCUAGUGGAAGUCCUGAAAACGGCAAUGACAGUUCAGAAAACCGUGGUGAAUUUCUCGAAAAGCUAUUGCGCGCUCGUUCAGCCGUGCGUCCGGGCUCACCAUCACAGCCUAUUUUACCAACAGUUAGCGUACUGCGUUUAGUAGUUGGCAACUGGGUACUCCAGUCACAAAAACCAAAUCAAUUACAAAUACACAACACUGAAGGUCAUCAAGUGACCGUACUGCAAGAUGAUUUGCCCGGUUUCAUAUUCGAGAGCAAUCGUGGCACCAAACACACUUUCACCGCUGAGCACACACUAGGGCCGGACUUCGCUUCGGGCUGGUCAACGGGCAAGAAAAAGAAAAUCAAGACUAAGACCGAGGUGCAAAAGACACAAGUUAAGAAUUUAGCUCGCGAUAUCUACAACAAAUAUUUCAAAGCCGCUCAGGCUGUGCCACGUGGUGCUGUCGCCAAGCUCACAUCCAUCGUAAAGCAAAUCGAGGUGGCACUGGAGGAGCAGCGUUUAUCGCCACACUCCAACUGGCAGGACAAAUUGCGCACACCGCUAAUGGAGCUGGCGCAGCUGCUGCACGAGGAUGGUGUGGUUAGCGCCUAUGAGAUGCACUCGUCUGGCCUAGUUCAAGCGUUGGUUGCUGUGCUCUCCAAGAACUACUGGGAUAAUGGGUUGUCACGCAGCAAAAUUAAUAAAAUGCUAAAGCAACGUAUUAAUAUUUUCAAACAAUGUGUCUUCGAUGCUAAACUACCGAGCGGCGAUAUGCGUAACACCAACACUACAGCCAGCAUACUUGUACAGAAGUUGGUCGCAGUUUUAGAGAGUACCGAAAAGCUACCCAUCUACGUGUACGAUGCACCAGGUGCCAGUUAUGGCCUACAGAUAUUAACUAAACGUCUGCGGUUCCGCUUGGAACGUGCCGCCUGCGAAACGACACUAUUCGAUCGUACUGGGCGUACACUGAAAAUGGAACCACUUGCUACAGUUGGCCAAUUGGCCAAGUACUUGCUAAAAAUGGUCGCCAAGCAGUGGUACGACAUGGACCGUUCCACUUAUCACUAUUUGAAAAAAUUGCGCGAGCAUCGUCAAGGUAUGGUCUUCAAGCACCACUAUGAUUUCGAUGAAGAAGGUCUUAUUUACUAUAUUGGUUCGAAUGGUGGCACCUGUGAAUGGGUGAAUCCUGCACAAUAUGGUCUAGUGCAAGUUACCAGCUCUGAAGGCAAGACUUUGCCAUAUGGCAAAUUGGAGGACAUACUCUCGCGUGAUAGCGUCUCUGUGAACUGUCAUACUAAAGACAAUAAGAAAGCUUGGUUCGCAAUUGACCUCGGUGUCUAUAUAAUACCCAAUGCGUACACAUUGCGCCACGCACGCGGCUAUGGACGUUCAGCUUUGCGUAAUUGGAUGCUACAAGGCUCGAAGGAUGGUGUCAUUUGGACUACACUCGUUACACACACCGACGACAAGAGUUUGGUGGAACCUGGCAGCACUGCCACAUGGCCAAUAGUGUGCGCACCCGACGAAAUGCAAGGUUUCCGCCAUAUUCGCAUACAGCAGAAUGGUCGUAAUGCGUCGGGACAGACGCACUACCUCAGUCUGAGUGGUUUCGAGAUCUAUGGGCGUGUGGUGAGCAUCUGCGAUGACAUUGGCAAAGGCGCCAAGGAAGCCGAGGCGAAAAUACGCAAGGAGCGCCGCCAAAUACGCGCCCAACUCAAACACAUUACCACAGGUGCACGUGUGGUGCGUGGUGUCGAUUGGCGUUGGGAUGAUCAGGAUGGCUGCUGCGAGGGCACCGUCACCGGCGAGAUACACAAUGGUUGGAUUGAUGUGAAAUGGGAUCAUGGCGGGCGCAAUGCGUAUCGCAUGGGUGCAGAAGGCAAAUACGAUUUGAAAUUGGCUAACUGCGAUAAUUUGUCGAUGUUCGAGGGCGGCACAUCAAUAACGCCGGCCACGGCGACGGCAACAGGUGGUGGUGGCACAACAGCAGGCGGUGGGGUUGGUGGUGGUAAGAAGUACGAGAAGGGCGGCACACUCACAUCGCGGAAGUCGAGCUCGACACCUUCACUGCCGGAGGCCACUGAAAUCAAUAGGAACACAGAAGUGCCGUCAGAUCAGGCAGCAUCCGCUGAUAACUUAGCUUGGAAACAGGCGGUGGACGCCAUAGCCGAAAGCGUUUUUAGUUCGGCCAAAACCCAAAUGCUUUGUUCAACUGUUCUCUCCAGUGGCGAUGACAGCAGCUCGUCUGGCUGCCCAGCAGGAAGCAGUGGCGUCAGCUUGCUGCGUGAGCGUGAAAACAUCGCCGAUUUAUCGGCCAUUAACAACUCGACACAGGCAAUCAAUGCAAAUGUCGUCUCUGAUUUGGCCACAAUUACUGAAAACUUGGUAUUGACUGAGGCAAAUAUGACCACUAUGGGCGGCAACACAGUGAGUUCGUCUGCAGGAUACGGAGGCAGCGGUGGUGGCAGCAGUAGCCGCAAUGCUUUGGCAGCUAUUUUUGGCAAUGCCGGUGUUGUUGGCAGUCAGAGUGGUGUCGUUUCGAGCACAUCAGCUGCUCCCACAAAUAUUACUGGAAGUUUGCUCCGUAGCGUAUCGUUGCAGCAAGGUGAUGAACCAAAAUCUACAAAUAUUGAGGCAAAUAAUAAAAUGAAUGCCAACAAUUCAGUCAGCGCCAGUGGUAGCAUGGGCAAGGGACUACUAGUUAAUUUACGCGCAAACACAUCAGCUGGGCAGCGUGUUUCACAAUUUUCGUCAGAGGCUUUGGAGAUGAUUGAUAAAAUGCGUGAUGGCGUUGAUAUGAUACGAAACAACACCAAUAAUAUUCUUUCAUCCGAUAUACUAUCACUUUCGGCUGCAAAUUUAAUGACAUCAGCUGUUAAGUUCUCCAAUGUCACGGGUAAGCCAGAAGGCGGAAACGAUCAGUUUAAUACUAGUUCCACGGACAACUUGGGAACUUCGGUGGUCGUCGAUUGCAGCGCAACAGCGGCAGCUAUAGACAAAACUGGACAACCGCCACCCGCAUUGAAAGUCGAAACAGAGAAGCGUAUUAACAUUGAAGUGGCCGAAUACAAAAAUCUUGCCGGCGUUCCGAGCGUCACAUUGUCCACAAAUAGAUCAUCGAGUGUUAGUGAUCACCAAUUGCAACAGCAACAACCACCGGCACAGGCUGUUGAAGUGGAGCAGCAACAAGCGAGUGAUUUACAGGCUGGUGACAGCGCUCAACAAUUAGGUGGCUCGGCCGAUAGCGUCAAUGUUUCUGUAUCGAAUCAAAUGAGUGUCAGUGUGCCCAAUCUUACUACCACAUCUGUGUCGGAGACCACUUCGCAAUCCGAGGUAACCAGCCAUACUGGGCUUUUAGAGACUUUUGCCGCAAUGGCUCGCCGUCGCACAUCGCAAGGCACCACUAAUAUACAGAACAACCAGAUGAUCAGCUCCAACUCGAACUCGAAUGAGCGCAAUAAUCAGAGUGUUGGCACAAGUUCUUUCUUCCCUCGCGGACCGAAUUCUGUGACGAGCCUUGUGAAGUUGGCGCUGUCUAGCAACUUCCAUUCGGGCCUCUUGAGCACCGCUCAAAGUUAUCCGAGUCUGUCGUCAAACAAUGCUGGCAACAGUGGCGGUUCAAAUAAUGGCACCAGCGGCAAUGGUAAUUCCACAGCCGGCCAACAAGUGCAAACAUCUAUUAAUCCUGCUCUAACGAUGAGUCUCACUUCAACUUCAAGCGAUAGUGAACAAGUUUCGUUGGAAGAUUUCUUAGAAAGCUGCCGUGCGCCAGCUUUACUUGGUGAUAUGGACGAUGACGAUGACAUGGACGAAGACAAUGACGAUGAAGAGAACGAAGACGAAUACGAAGAAGUUGGAAACACAUUAUUGCAAGUAAUGGUUUCUCGCAAUCUGCUAACCUUCAUGGACGACGAAACACUGGAGAAUCGUUUGGCUGGAGUGAGUAAGCGCAAAUCGUGGGACGAUGAAUUCGUACUCAAACGACAGUUCUCUGCACUUAUCCCAGCUUUUGAUCCCCGCCCUGGACGUACCAAUGUCAAUCAAACAUCAGAUUUGGAUAUACCAGCACCAGGUACGAGCGCUGAGGCAUUGCGUCAACACGAACAUGUACCGCUACCACAGCCGGUAUUGUCGCUAAUACUGCGUGGACCUAGCAUAGGUGGCGUACCCGAUGUCGAGAUUGAGUUAGGUAAUAGUGAUUGGACGAUAUUCCGCGCCGUACAAGAGCUCUUACAAGUUUCACAGCUAAGUAAGACGGAUAAGUUCCGCAAAGCCUGGGAACCGACUUAUACCAUUGUCUAUCGCGAAGUGACGCCACAAGAAUGUUUAAGCACAGGUGUUAGCGGCACCGUAGUUGAGUGUGAUGAUGGGCCGAAUACACCAGUGGUGUCAUCGAAGAGUGGCGCCUCCACGCUCUCCCCCAACUCUCCCAUUCGUGGCGAAUUUACAACUUCGGAGAAUGUUACCUGCUCAGUGGAUGAUGUCUUGCAACUGCUUAGUCAAUUGAAUGCACUGAACCAAAAAGAGACUGCCACCGAAAACACGACGGCGGGUGCCGAAGCUACCGUGCUUGGAGGAAACUUGCCAUCCGAGCUAUUUAUGAGCAAGAAAAUAACCAACAAGUUGCAACAGCAAAUACAGGAUCCAUUGGUUUUGGCUAGCAAUGGCUUGCCCAACUGGUGCGAAGAUCUCAAUCAGGCAUGUCCUUUCCUGUUCCCCUUCGAAACGCGUCAAUUGUACUUCAACUGCACCGCAUUUGGCGCAUCGCGUAGCAUUGUUUGUCUGCAGUCGCAACGAGAUGUGACUUUGGAGCGACAACGCAUGCCCGGACUCAGUCCAAGACGUGAUGAUCAGCAUGAGUUCCGCGUUGGUCGGUUGAAGCAUGAGCGUGUUAAGGUGCCACGCAAUGAGAACUUGCUAGAGUGGGCCAUACAAGUGAUGAAGGUGCACUGCAAUCGUAAAUCGGUGUUGGAGGUCGAGUUUGUUGGCGAAGAGGGCACCGGGUUGGGCCCAACAUUGGAGUUCUUUGCACUGGUUGCAGCCGAAUUGCAGCGCACCGAUCUCUGCAUGUGGCUUUGUGAUGAUGCCGAUCAAGAACUGAACGAUAAAAUCAGCGAGCAGAGCAAACAUCUCAUCUCCAACGAAGACAUUAAGCCUAUCGGCUACUAUGUAAACCGACGAGAAAAUGGUCUUUUUCCAGCUCCAUUGCCACAAAAUUCGGAAAUUUGUGAUCGUGUGUCAAAAUACUUUUGGUUCCUUGGCGUAUUCUUAGCAAAAGUGCUGCAGGAUAUGCGUUUAGUGGAUUUACCACUUUCGAAUUCGUUCCUAAAACUUUUAUGCCACAAUAAAGUGCUUUCGCGUGGUGUACAUCAAGUUCAAUCGAAUCCUGUCUCCGAAGAUCUAAUGACCUCAUCUGUAGUGUCAGAGGACUCCGAAUUGGCGGAAACUUGCUCGAAACUGCUAGGUGGUGUUGGUAGUGGAAAUACCGAAUAUAACGCAGGCAGCACCUGGUAUGACGGCAUCUUAACUUAUGAAAACCUCGCCGAAAUCGAUCCCAUACGAUAUGAAUUCAUUAAAGAGCUGCAAGAUUUGGUCUCACGCAAACAAGCUUUAGAGGGUGAUGCUUCGCUAACGCGCGAACAAAGGCGUGAUCAGUUAGCGGCACUGAAAUUACGUACUAAACAAGAUGAAGAAGUCGAUCUACAGGAUUUGGCUUUGACGUUUACCUAUUUGCCCAGCUCAUCUGUUUACGAUUAUCCGUACGUUGAGCUCAUACCAAAUGGUGCCAACAUUGAUGUGACGGUGAAUAAUUUGGAAGAGUACUGCGAUUUGUUGAUAAGUUUCUUACUGCAAGAUGGCAUUGCGAAGCAAUUGGAAGCAUUCCAUCGUGGCUUCUGUGAAGUAUUUCCACUAAAGAAAUUGGCUGCUUUCAGUCCGGCCGAAGCGCGUAUGAUGAUUUGCGGAGAACAACAUCCGCAAUGGACUCGUGAAGAUCUCAUCAAUUACACAGAACCCAAGCUUGGAUACUCCAAGGACAGUCCUGGUUUCUUGCGUUUCGUCAACGUCUUAAUGAGCAUGACUGGGCCCGAGCGUAAGGCGUUCCUGCAAUUUACCACAGGUUGCAGUAGUCUACCACCAGGCGGUCUAGCCAAUUUGCAUCCACGUUUAACCGUUGUACGUAAAGUAGAUGCUGGCGAUGGCAGUUAUCCAUCGGUAAAUACAUGUGUGCAUUAUCUAAAGCUGCCCGAUUAUCAAACUGAGGAGAUCAUGAAAGAACGUUUACUGACUGCAACAAAAGAGAAAGGAUUCCAUUUGAAUUAAUAUACAUACAAUAUGUGUUUCAAUAUUUUACUUACCUCUCUAUAUAUUAAUCUUAAGCAUUUGCCGAAAUUUCAAAUUGGGCGUUAACAUUGUUAGGGUGUUUCUACGAGAACAAUUUUCAGUUGAUGGUGAUAAAAAUGUUUUAUCUUUUAUUUAGUUUUUUUUUCUGCUGCUGAGUUUUUUGUUGUAUAAAAUUAGGAUGUGUAACUUACACAUAUACAGAUACUAUAUGCAAACAUUAAAAAAAAAAAAACAGAAAAAUUUCGUAAAAUAACACAUGGAAGUCAAAGUAACAACAUGUUUAGUUUGUUUUGCUCCCGAAAGCGUGGAUGUGCAAAAAGUAAUACAAAAAAUGUAUGUAAAAAGUAAAUAGAGAAGAAUACCAAUCGAACCAACCUAACAAGCAAGCUAGUUUCUUCCAAUGAAAGUGAAUGAGGCAAUGAUUGAAAGUUUCCUAGCUACAUGACCUACAUUGUUUUAAAACUAUAUAGAUAAAUAGUGAUAAGGGGCUUAAAAAGGCGCCACAAGCAGCCAACAGAAAACAGUAAAUACUACUAAAACUAUACAAAAAAUAACAGUAGCUCAUAAUAGUAUGUACAUACAUAUGUUUAUUCAUUGAAAAUUUAAUUUACUUGAUGAAACCGUAAAUACCCAUGCAUACAUUACUACAAUAUUCGUACAUACAUGUAAAAUCAAUUACAAUACAGAUUUCAAUAUUCAUACGAUUGCAUAUUUGUGUAUUAUUGCAACAAAGAAAGCACUUAAAUAUUUAUAUAAUUACGUAACGUAUGUAGCUCUUUAGAAACAAGCGACGUUUUUAAGUGAAAAUGUGAAAUACUAGAAAAGCGAAAGAUUUAGAGAAGAUUCAUUAAGUUUGUUAAAAACGCGAAUUGUCGGCUACCCACACUAAAAAUUUAAUUUGGAAAACAUAUGCAUAAUUAAAAUGGAAAAUUUAAAUGAAACGGCGUUUACUUUUGUCACACUUGUCCUGUUGGUAGAGGAACCAAUUCAUAUGCUUGCUUCAAGUUGGCAAUUAAAUAUAAUGGGGUUUGAUAAAACUUCUUUAUAACUUACAUACAUUUAUUAAAAAUAAAAAAUAUGUUAAUCUUUGCUGAAUGCACAGUUGAAAUCGUUUUUAUUAUAAGCAAAAAUUAGCAGGGAAAUUAAAAAAAAAUUUAGUUUCUUGGGUUUCACUUCACGUCUGUUUUUGAAAAUGAAAGCUGAAAUGGACAGAUAAAUAUUAUUGAAAGAAAUAUCCACCAAGCGCAUUUGAUUAUAAGCCACAUAGCUGUGUAACUAUCAAACAAAUACAUACAACAUUUCAAGCUUUAAUUUUUUGUGUAAGCGACAAAAGCGCUAUGGAGCACUAGCGAGCACCCGGGGAACCGAAUGUGUGCGAAUACUUAAAACAACUUACACGCCAGCAUCAACUACACACAGUAGAUAAUUUGAGGCCAAAAAGCAUUCCUAAGAGUCAAGAGGACUUUCUCCUUUCU